AUGUUUGAGGCAUCCUCAAAAGAAGUAAAAAAUCUGGCCAGUCUUCUAGCAAAAGAUGGUACAGAUUGGAGUUUUAUUCCACCUGGAUCACCACAUUUUGGUGGUAAAUGGGAAUUAGUUGUGAAGUCAGCCAAACAUCACAUCAAAAGAGUCAUAGGUAAUCAUAAACUCACCUACGAGCACUUUAGUACCUUUCUGACACAAGUUGAGUGUCUACUUAACUCUAGGCCAUUGUGUCCAAUGUCUGAGGAUUCUGAUGACCUCCAGGCAUUGACACCUGGUCACUUUCUCAUUGGGGAACCACUUAAUGCUGUGCCUGAGCUAUCAGUGUUAGAUGUUCCUGACAAUAGACUCAACAAGUGGUGA